AUGAGAGUACAUACAAAGGAAAAACCUUACAUUUGUGAGUUAUGUAACAAGGCCUUUUCUGUAAAAUCAACGUUAGAUGGUCACAUGAGAGUACAUACAAAUGAGAAGCCUUAUAGCUGUAAGGCCUUUGGUUGUGAUUUUUGCAACAAAGCUUUUUCUCAUAAAUGUAAUUUAUUGACUCACAUAAGAACACAUACACAGGAGAAGCCCUAUAACUGUGAAGAAUGUGGAAAGGCAUUUUCACAGAAAAAAGGUUUAGAACAUCACUUAAGAACACAUACAAAAGAGAAACCUUAUAGUUGUGAAAUAUGUGGAAAGUCAUUUUCUGUGAAAUUUAGUGUGAAGAAGCAUCAAAUAGUACAUACAAAUGAAAGACCCUAUGAUUGUGAGAUUUGUGGCCAGAAAUUUACUGCAAAAGCAUGUCUGGUCAGACAUAUGAGAAGACAUACAAAGGAGAGGCCUUAUCAGUGUGACUUAUGCAACAAGACUUUCACUUCCAGGGCACAUCAAGCAUACCACAUAAAAGUACAUACACAGGAAAGGCCAUAUACUUGUGAGGUUUGUAAUAAGGCAUUUUCAUAUAAAAGGGGUCUAAUGUUGCACAUGAAAGUACAUUCUGAUGGUAAACCCUAUUCUUGCCGUACAUGUAACAAGGCUUACAGGAGCAGGAAUGCUCUAGUAAAUCACCUGAAGAAGCAUACAAAUGAGCGGCCUUAUAGUUGUAACUUUUGUGAUAAAGCAUUCCAAUUGAAAAACUCUCUAGUGGAGCACAUUAAAAUACACACAAACGAAAAAGCUUUUAGCUGUGAAGUGUGUAGUAAAUCAUUUAUUUCAAAAGGUAGUUUGGUGAGGCAUCUUAGAGUGCAUUCAAAGGUGAGGCCCUAUAAUUGUGAGAUUUGUAGCAGGUCGUUUUCAGAUAAAAGUAAUUUGUCAAAAACACAUGAGAACACACACAAAGGAGAAGCCUUUUACCUGUGA